AGUACAUAAUGAUGAAAACUCAUGUAGUUCAUAUGAAUGAUAACUAACCUGAGCUGAGUGUGUCUGGCUAACCUUAAUAAUAAUUAUAUUUUUGCCGUGAAGAUUAUUAAAUUUUGGAUAUAACAUUCAUUGUUAAACUUUUAUGAAUAUGUUAAAGUUGAUACGUGUCUCUCAAAUCAGCAAAAGUCUUCAUGCCUUGAAAUCGGCAAAGAUUACAUCUAGGACAUUUUUGUCUUCUGCAUAUCCCUGCAAUGAAAUCUGGGAAAACCGUCUCAAUCAGCCUUUAUUUGAUAAAAUUAAUUUAGAUGAACUUUAUCAUGAUCUUGACUUGAAUUUCCAAAAGACCAAAUGCAUGAGUGCCAUUGAUGUAGAUAUUUUCGUAAAUGGAUUAAAGGAUGAUAUAUUCGAUGAUGAAAUGUUGGAUUUAGUCCAUAAGCUUCGUCUCACUGAAGAAACAAGUAAUUCAUUGCCAUCAUUGUCAUAUGCUGUAGUGAAGACUUUAUUGGAGAACAAGAAAAUCGAAGAUCUUCAUACGGUUCUCGAUGAUAGAUUAAAUUAUGGCAUCUUUUUAGAUACACAUUUGACAAAUAUCUUACUCGAUCAUUUUUGGUUAAAAAAAGAUUUUGUUUCCGGUGCAAGAAUAGCUAGUCAGUUAAUGCUUCAAGAAGAUCCUGAACAUCCCAUUUCCCAUAAUCUUAGUUUAUUACAUUGUUAUAAUUGUUUAUUAAAUAAAGGAGAAUGGUCAUUUCCACCACCUCCUGAAGAACCAGAAGAAGAAGUAAAAGUUAGAGUAAAGUAUAUAAGAAAUGAGUAUGAUGACCAACAUUUUGAUCUAAGAGAUUGCAAGAAGAUUUUGGGAAAGACCCUCAUGUAUUUGACUAAAACUAAGAAGGAUUCCUUGAAUAUAUCUUUUCAUAUUCUUGGCGCUGCUCUAUUUGGUAGAAAUGAUGUUGCUGAAAAUAAGUUAGAGGAAGCACUAAAGAAUAACUCGUCCUUAAUAAAAGAAGUAUUUGAUUUAUUACCAGAAGAUAGUGAAUUGAGAAAUAAAAUUGAAAACAUAAAACUUUCUUCAUGUGAAAUAAAUUCUAUAUUAGAGAAAAAUGUUGAGGAAGCAAUAAAAAUAGCUUCAGAAACUGAUAUAGCAACUCAGUGUAAAUUAUUCAGUGAAUGGAACCAAAAAAGAAUAGAUCUUCUUCGUGAAAAAGAAGAAGCUUUUAAAAAAAUGGAGAGAUUGAAAAAGGUUGAAUCUCUGAAAGAAGAAUUGAAAACUAAAGAGACAAAACUUUGGUUCUUCGAAAAUGAAGAGAAAAUGGAACUAGAAAUUGAGGAAAUUGAAGAGAAGAAAGCAAAUGAAUCGAAAAACCCUUCAUACUUCAAGGAAAAAAAAUUGGAUAAAGCAACAGAGGAAUAUAUACCACCCCAGGUCAGAAAAUAGAUAAUAAAGAGAUAGAAACUUC